AUGGCUCUCACUCAGGACAAACACAAUCUCGCGCAAAGUAGCCCAGACCUCUACUUCCAAGUCGAUAUCAAUCCUGAUAAUCAGAUGGCUUCCAAAAAGCGACACAACGGCUUGAAGCUCGAAUACCGCGUCAAGAAGAAGUCGACACCGUGCAUGUCACUCCGAAUGCUUGAACUGGAACGUCAUCUUGGAGUCAUGCGUGACCAAUCCAUCUUGCUCAAAAGAUCCCCUACCGAGACGAAUGCGCUUGAGGUACAUCGAAGUGUGCUUACCGCAACCUGCAUGCUCUCUGCUAUAAGCACGAACGUCAGCGAGUAUCAGGACGAGAACAGUCAUCUGAAGCUUCGUCAACAACAGACGGAGAGAUUCCUGAAAAGUAAAGACCAACAAAACAAGGUUCUGUUGGCAGCACUACAAGGUGUCAUUCUGGACAUUGGAGUUGGCCACUGCAACCAAUGUGGCAUGGGGUUCGGAAAAGGCUCACCCUGGAUAAUGGAGAAAUGUGGAGCUGUAAGUGAACUUUAG